AUGCCAUGUGGGGGGACGUGGCUAUGUGGGGGGACGCACCGUGCAGGGGAUGUGGCCGUGGCCGGCCCCCAGCGAGCCCCGCGUGCCCCCCUCUGUGUCCAGGUGAUCGGUGAGGAUGACGUGGCCGUCCCCUCGCACCUCUACAAGGCCGUCCUGGCCCGCAGGAGCGCCGACUCCCCGGAGCCCCUGGCAUUGGGCGCUUUCGUGGUCCCCAACGCCCCCAUCGGCUUCCGGCCCCAGCUUGCCGAGUUCCAGGUGAGUAUCCGCGACCUGGAGAGGAUGACCGGGAUCGAGUUCUUCCCUCGUCUGGACAAGGAGAAGGAGGUCAGGAACCUCUGCGAGGUGGACACGUGUCGGCUCCUGGACUUCCGUGAGUUCACGUUGUACCUGGGCAAAAGGAAGAUCCGGGGAGCGCGGACGCUGCGCAGGCUGGAGGCGGUCAUGCGUGAGCUCAAGGAGGCCGGGGUGCAGCCUGACAAGGACCUCCUUGGUCUCUACCGGGAGAGGCUGCAGGAGCUGUCCCCCCGGGACCCGCCGGACGCUCCGGACAGAAGGUCAGGCUGAGGGGCUCAGGCCGGGGAGGCGGCCAUCUGCCCGGGGCACAGAGGCCCAGUGACUUUGGGGCCGGUCGUUGAGGCAGGCCGUGCUGAUGACAGAACCUAGAUGGCGGGUCGCCUGCCCAUCUCUCUUUGGCUUGUGCGGAGAGAGAGGCCCCUCUGUGCUUCCUCUGUGUGCCCCGGCCCUCCAGAGGACCCCACAAUCGUAUAUUUAGGAAAGUCCCCUUCCUGGCCCUGGUCAGCCUCCCUCGGAGCCCCACAGCGGAGCCUUUCUUCCCCGAGGCUUGCCUGACUGAGGGAUUAGCCCCAGACCCAGCAUUGUGUCUGCUUGGCCUCCUUCCUGCCCUCAGGGCUCCCACAGAGGCUCCCUGGAUGCUGGGACCCCCCCCCCUCCCCCCGGGAGACAGACGAGAGGCAGACUAUAGCACAGCUCGGCCUGGUGUCUCGCCUCGGCCUCCUUCCCCUCCGCUGUGAGUCUGGGCCCCUGGGCUGGCUGGAAGAAGCUCUC